UCCGUCCUCCAUCUUGGCACAGCCACAGGCCUCUGUGACCAUAGGUUCCCAUUAGCUCACAGCCAGGGCUCCAUCUCCCAUGAACCACAAUGUGCUCAGUUCUUCGCCUGCCCUGGCUUCUGAUUGGGAGCCUGGCUGCUGGAUAGUGACCUCCAGGACCCUCGCUCGAUUACAGCCUGUUUGUACAAGUCUUUCUGCAGUUUAAGGUGCCUGCAAGAGGGGUGUGAGACUGGGCACUCUUGUCCCCAGGGACCGGCAUCAGAGGCCAAUAGCAUCAGAAGCCAAUAGCAUUCCAGCUGGGCUGGCAUCUGCCCAUGUGUCUCUUCGCGGGUUGCUUGCUGCCAUGAGGGAUCUUCUUGAGUAUGUUGCCUGUUUCUUGGCCCUUUUCUCCACCGGGUUUUUGAUUGUGGCCACCUGGACAGACUGUUGGAUGGUGAACGCUGAUGACUCUCUAGAGGUGAGCACAAAAUGCCGAGGCCUCUGGUGGGAGUGUGUCACCAACGCUUUUGAUGGGAUACGAACCUGUGACGAGUAUGACUCCAUAUAUGCAGAACACCCCUUGAAGUUGGUGGCAACCCGGGCACUGAUGAUUACAGCGGACAUUCUUGCUGGCUUUGGAUUUAUCACCCUGCUCCUUGGGCUCGACUGUGUGAAGUUCCUACCUGGCGAGCCACACAUUAAAGUCCGCCUCUGCUUUGUUGCUGGGACCACACUGCUUAUUGCAGGUGCCCCUGGAAUCAUUGGUUCUGUGUGGUAUGCUGUGGAUGUUUAUGUCGAGCGUUCAUCUCUGAUUAUACACAAUAUAUUUCUUGGGAUCCAAUACAAAUUUGGCUGGUCCUGCUGGCUUGGAAUGGCUGGGUCUCUGGGUUGCUUUUUAGCUGGAGGUCUCCUCACCUGCUGUUUGUACCUCUUUAAAGAUGUUGGACCCGAGAGGAACUAUCCUUAUGCCAUGAGGAAGCGCUAUUCCACCGCAGGUACUUCUAUGGCUAAGUCCUACAUGGCCCCUCGGACAGAGACAGCGAAAAUGUAUGCUGUAGACACCAGGGUGUAA